UGGCCGAGGGGAGCCUGGACCUCGCGCCCAGUGACUUACAGUAGCCGAGGAGCCCCCGCGUGGGAGGGGACCCCGGUUUUUUUGUUUGUGUGUGGUUUUGUGUUUUUUUUUUUCCUGCCCUUAAAAAUGGAUACCCUGCCCCUCGUCUGGGGACUCUUAGCUCUGGGCUUGUGCGGAGCCGGCGUGCUGGGAGAAGCAGUUCAAUCGUGUGGGGGUCGUUUGAAUUCCAAAGAUGCUGGUUACAUCACCUCACCUGGAUACCCACAAGAUUACCCCUCCCACCAGAACUGCGAGUGGGUCAUUUAUGCCCCAGAAUCGAACCAGAAGAUUAUCCUCAACUUCAACCCUCACUUUGAAAUUGAAAAACAUGACUGCAAGUAUGAUUUUAUUGAGAUACGGGAUGGCGACAGCGAGUCAGCAGAUCUGUUGGGCAAACACUGUGGGAACAUUGCGCCUCCUACCAUCAUCUCUUCAGGCUCCUCUCUCUACAUUAAGUUCACCUCAGACUACGCACGGCAAGGUGCUGGCUUCUCUCUGCGCUAUGAGAUCUACAAGACAGGCUCUGAAGACUGUUCUAGAAACUUCACCAGCACCAAUGGCACUAUAGAGUCACCAGGAUUCCCUGAUAAGUAUCCCCACAACUUAGAUUGCACUUUCACCAUCGUGGCUAAGCCAAAGAUGGAGAUCAUUCUUCAGUUUCUGACCUUUGACCUCGAGCACGACCCCUUGCAAAUUGGGGAGGGAGAUUGCAAGUAUGACUGGCUAGACAUCUGGGAUGGCAUUCCUCAAGUUGGCCCCUUGAUAGGCAGAUACUGUGGUACUAAGACUCCUUCAGAGAUCCGCUCAACUACUGGUAUCCUCUCACUCACCUUCCACACUGAUUUGGCAGUGGCCAAAGAUGGUUUCUCAGCCCGUUACUACUUAGUCCAGCAGGAGAUUCCAGACAACUUCCAGUGCAACAUUCCUUUGGGGAUGGAAUCUGGCAGGAUCUCCAAUGAACAGAUCAGUGCCUCCUCCACCUACUCAGAUGGGAGGUGGACCCCACAGCAGAGCCGGCUCAACAGCGAUGACAAUGGAUGGACUCCCAAUGUGGAUUCCAACAAGGAAUACCUCCAGGUGGACCUUCGUUUCCUGACGGUGCUGACAGCCAUUGCUACCCAGGGUGCCAUCUCCAGAGAAACACAGAAUGGCUACUAUGUCCACUCCUACAAGCUGGAGGUCAGCACCAAUGGUGAGGAUUGGAUGAUGUUCCGGCAUGGGAAAAACCACAAGAUAUUCCAAGCUAACACCGAUGCCACCGAAGUGGUUCUGAACAAAAUCCACAGCCCAGUGCUGACUCGCUUUGUUCGUAUCCGGCCCCAAACCUGGCACAAUGGGAUUGCCCUCAGGCUUGAGCUGUAUGGUUGCCGAAUCACAGAUUCACCUUGCUCCAACAUGCUGGGAAUGCUUUCUGGCCUUAUCUCAGACUCCCAGAUCUCAGCCUCCUCCAUCAGAGGGUAUGAAUGGUUGCCUAGUAUAGCACGCCUGGUCAGCAGCCGCUCAGGAUGGUUCCCGCGAAUCCCCCAAGCCCAGCCAGGGGAAGAGUGGCUGCAGGUGGAUCUGGGUGUCCCUAAGAGUGUGAAAGGAGUGAUUAUCCAAGGAGCCCGAGGAGGAGAUAGCAUCACCAUGACUGAUGCCCGAUCCUUCGUGAAGAAGUUUAAAGUGUCCUACAGCCUGAAUGGAAGGGACUGGGAAUACAUACUGGACACCAAAACAAUGCAACCCAAGCUUUUUGAAGGUAACAUGCAUUAUGAUAUCCCUGAAGUUCGAAGGUUUGACCCUGUUCCUGCACAGUACAUCCGAGUUCAUCCAGAGAGGUGGUCUCCAGCUGGGAUUGGGAUGCGAUUGGAGGUACUGGGCUGUGAUUGGACAGAUGUAAGGCCCACUUCAGAGACUCUGAAGCCUACCUUGAAGAGUGAAGAGACCACCACACCAUACCCAAUUGAUGAGGAAACAACAGAAUGUGGUGAUGGCUGUGGAGAGAGUGAUGAUUCCCAGCUCCCUGCAGGAUUCAAUUGCAACUUUGAUCUCCCUGAAGACCUGUGUGGUUGGUCGCUUGACUCUGCUACGGGUGAUGUGUGGUCUUUCCAUUCUAGAAACACCUGGAUUGACAAUUCAGAACCAAGCACCGGGUCCCUUCCUGAUGGUAAAGAUUACUUGUGGCUACAGAGCAGCGGAAGGAGAGAAGGCCGACAUGCCCGGCUCAUCAGCCCCCCGGUCCACUUGCCCAGGAGUGCCAUGUGCAUGGUGUUCCAGUAUCAAGCAUCGGGUGGGAAUGGGGUAAUGCUGCAGGUGUGGCGGGAAGCAAGCCAGGAGAAUAAACCAUUGUGGGUCAUCACAGAAGACCAUGGGGAAGAAUGGAGAGAAGGACGGAUCAUUCUGCCAAGCUAUGACAUGGUGUAUCAGAUCGUGUUUGAGGGUGUUAUACGCAAAGGAUAUUCAGGGGCGAUUGCCAUUGAUGACAUCCGGAUAGCCACUGAUGUCUCCUUGGAGAACUGCAUGGAACCCAUCACAGCUUUCCCAGGUGAGAACUACUACAUUCCAGUGGACUUCCCAAGGUUUAAUGAUUUUGCAAUCCCUGGGCAAGGCAUUGGAGAGAACUUUGAUGAUGAUUACUUUGGAUUAGAUAAGAACAACACAUUGUUCUCUACUAACUCUCCCAUAACCCCAAAGCUGGACAAAGACAAGAGCUGGCUGUACACGCUGGAUCCGAUCCUAGUCACCAUUAUAGCUAUGAGUUCUCUUGGAGUUCUCUUAGGGGCCAUUUGUGCUGGUUUACUGCUAUACUGUACGUGCUCCUACACUGGUCUAUCUUCUCGAAGCUCCACUACUCUAGAGAACUACAACUUUGAGCUCUAUGAUGGCAUCAAGCACAAGGUCAAAAUGAACCACCAGAAGUGCUGCUCUGAGGCAUGACUGAUUGCACCAGGAUCACAUUUGACAUUUCAUUCCAGCAUGAGCGGCUGGCGAAGAUUACUUUUUUCUGUGGGAACAGAAUGCCAUAAUCUCAAACAAACCAAUAUGGAAUACUGAAGGCAGUAAGGAUGUGAUUCCCCUGUCAUACACUGUAGUUCUACAUGCCAGAGAGUGGAUUACAAUCUGCAAGGACUACGGGAUCUGAAUAAUUAUUUUAAUGAUGAGAACUGUGCUGGGCGAGGAAAGGAGCUCAGAUGCUUGUUUUUUGUUGUUGUUGUUUUUUUUCAUAUGUGAAUGAUUGAGAGAUGUCAGAGAAAAUGUUGGCCUACCUUUGGAUGUGAGAAAAAAAUGUUGAUCAUUAUUUCCCACUUCUUUUCUCUAAUAGAUUGCUGAGAAGGCUGAGGGAUUUUUCAGCCAUUCUGUCUUUAGAAGAAAACCACACAAAAAAUCUCAUCCAGCUUAUACCCCAUUCAGAUAUUCUUUUGCGUUAAGAGAUUUGUGCACCUCAUACAAACCGGGCAAGCUGCAGUUUCUAGUCCUAAAAUGAAAGCAUGUUGUUGCCUUUAACUUUCCUUAUCCAGGUAACAGGGGGAAAAAUUACACCAGUUUUAGAAUCAAUGGAAACAGCAGUGCUUUCUCAAGAGAUUAAGAAACAAAAUAGAAAAGAAACCUUGUGUGUGGAAGCACCUCUUUGAGAGAAGCUGACGAGCCUUAAAGCGAUUUGUGAAUAAGAGCCAUUUAUUAAAUCCAGAUCUUGGAUUGAAAUAGCAGAGGCCUUCAUGAUCAGGAGGGCUCUUUCUUUUACUUCUUUUUUUCCCUUUUAAUCCUGUUCUUUUUAUAACGAGAAAAUUGUAGCAAACAAAAGACGCAAUUCUAAGGUUCCCAAGACUCAGGAGAGAGCUUUUCUGAAUGGGCUGCAAUAUAUAUAUUUAACGUCUUUGAUAAUGCAGUAGCCACUCAGAAUUGGAAUGGGGAAAAAAAGAGUUACAGUGUAAGAAAACUGAACUACUGCCCCACCAUCACAAUGGCGUAGGAUGGAGGUUCAAGAUAAGAUGCCCCCAAAUGCACUUAGAUUAAUUGACUCCCUCACUAAGUCAGUAACCAUUCUUUCUCCUCUGGGUUAUGGCAACUCCUGUUUUCGAUGGAGUCAUAUAUGAGCUGUAAGACUCCAGCUUGAAUAUCAAGUAAGCAGCUUGGACCAAAAUGCUGCCAUCUUCUCAUUCCUUCAGAAAAAAGCUACUCUGCUUCUGACCUGUUGACAACAAAAGAGUUCAUUUAUGAGGUGUUUUGUUUUUGUUUUAAUCAAGUGCCUUAGGGAAAGUAUUUUUCUUCUGCGUAGAGAGAGCAGUACUGUAUCAAACUAGAAGUAAGGCAUUCAUCCUUUCCCCUCUUUUUCCUUGUCAUAGUGCUAUUUUUAUUGGAUCUCUACUGCGUAGAGCCUGACCGAAGACGUCUUGUCCUUGUCCUUUCAAGUGGUCUUGAUAUAUUGUUUAAUGGUUUAUAUCUAUACAUAUAGAACUGUGCCAUAUGUGGGAAGUGCUAUGAAAAUAAUUUGAUGCAGAAAAAAGAUUUUAAAUGCCAGGUAUCAAAUUAAGGCCUUUUCUUUCCAUUUUAAUACAGUUAGGUUGUCUAUAUUAAUGCUGCCAUAUGGGUAGGCCAUAUGUAAGCAAGAACUGAAAAACCAUGCCAGCAAGUUUCUUCUUAAAGUGACCAUAAGUCUUUUUUUUUUUUUUAAAUAAAAUCUUCCAGGAUCAUUUUUUAAUCAUCUGGCAUGUCCCAGUUUGUUACUUUAUCCAUCAACUUUUUCAAAAAAACAAUUACUGAGUGCGCAGGGCAUAAUGUUAUGUGCAGUAGAACUUGCUCUGUUUACUAGGAAGAAAACCAUCCAGUAGAAUAGGUAUUUUGUGUGAUGAACAGCAUUUGGAGCUAAGGGAAAAGAAGUUGUAUAUGUGUGGAUACUCUCAAAGCUGUCCUUCGCUUCAGAGUGAGAGUGGUGAGCGGUAAUGGCACUUGUUCAGUGCUUUUAUGGAAAGCUCAUUCAGACAGUGAGUUAUGAGGGGAGAAACCUCCACUCAAAGAAAUCAGCACAAAUAAAUCACUGCUGACAAAAAAGCUAGCAGUUGCAUCGUCACUACACCCUGUUUCUUUUCUGUGAUUCACUUCGGUCUAUUGUGCGUCUAUUUUGUGACCCUAUAAAACAUAGUCACAAAAGUGUCCCAAGUAUUUUGUUUUGAAAAUCUGGUCACUUUACCUACUUGGCAUUCUUCACACAAAAACUGUACUUUAUUUUUCUAAUCUACAAGAAACACAUGCACAGUAAUAGCAAAAUGUAUCCGACCAUUUUAAAAAUGGAUUGCUGCUACUCUCGCAAACAACUUUAUCCCCCUUCUGCUCACAUGAAAGAAGAAGGGUUAAUAGGAAAGGACUAUACGUAUGAAAGUUGAUUUAGAGAAACAAUAGACAAAAAUAUAUAUUAAGAAAGGUAAUGUAACAGUGUCUAGUAGGCGUACAGAGAGGAGAGUUUGUAUGUACGUAUAUUCAGCAGUGUGUUUGCACACGCAUGUGAAUUCUCUGUAUGUAUUGUGUAUGUGAAUGAUUAUGUGGGACCAGAAUAGUGUUAAUGUAUCUUUGAAUUAGGGCAGGAGAGUACUGCUGAUCUUGGCACUAAUUUGGCAUGGAUCUAGCUAAGCUGUGCACACCAGAACAAGUGUCCACCGUCAGAACAAGCCCCACUUUUCUGUUCCAUGUUGGCUGGUACAGGGACCUGAAUGUGCACACUUGCUAAGUAGAAGCAAGCCAAUAAUGCUGCAUAGCUGAUACCUCACUUACCUCUGCUGGGUGCUUUAAAGUUCUAAUACAGAAAACUGUGUCUGAUUGUACUUUAACAGGGAAAAACAUCAGUGCAUUCGAUUCAUUGCAUCCUCAUCUGCAAAUAAAAACUAUUUGCUGAUCCAUGUGCAUUAGCAAUCCCCUUUCAGAAAUAAAUUUUAAAAAGCAGUGUUAAUGCCUUUGCUGAAAUAUGUGUUACCUCCGCACCCUCCCACUGUUGGGUUAUUGUUGCUAACAGGGGGGCUGUAACGUUGUUGAGUUCAUUUUUUGGGAAGGGGUCAAGAGGUGAGCUGGGGAAUUAAACCAUUAAGGAAGUGUAUGCAGAAAUUGAACUUUUCCAAGGUUUGCAGUUCAAGGUAUUCACUGGCUGAGCCAGGGCAUAUGGACAUGACUUAAGAGCUUUUACUGUGAUUCAUUGAUGUGUUUAAAAAAAAAAGAAUUCAAACUGUGUUUCUAUGAUUUGUAUAAAAACUAGUUAAAAUUCCUAUUUAAUAAACAGUAUAGUAUA